GGGAGGUCCUGUCGCCAACUGUCGUAAAGCGUUGGUUGACGUAAAUUUACGACAUUUCCUUAGGGUUGUUUGAUACUAAGCUUUCAGGUUUGGUGUCUUCAUCAGUGAUAUCAUGGCCUCAGCCCCAGCACAACAACCCACCCUGACUGUUGAACAGACCAGAGUGGUGUUGAGUGAGGUGAUCCAGGCCUUUUCAGUGCCAGAAAAUGCUGCGCGAAUGGAGGAGGCUCGUGAGAGCGCCUGCAACGACAUGGGAAAGAUGCUGCAACUUGUGCUACCUGUGGCCACUCAGAUUCAACAGGAUGUAAUCAAAGCGUAUGGAUUCAACAAUGAGGGAGAAGGUGUCCUUAAAUUUGCCAGACUGGUGAAGAUGUAUGAAACCCAGGACCCUGAAAUUGCAGCCAUGUCUGCAAAACUGAAGUCUCUCCUCCUGCCACCGUUGUCAACACCACCUAUAGGAGGCACCAUUCCAGCUUCAUAGGAUUUAUUCUUGGCAAGGUCAAAUACAAAGGGGUUUUCUUUUCAUGCUUUGUAUCACUGAAUGUUUAACAUGUAUUUAAGGUCCUGUUUUUGUUGUGAAGUUUUAGUUUUAUACCGCUAAUGUUUUAAAAAGUAUUUGGUUUCAUUUAAAGCAUUCUUGCAAAUCCUUGA